AUGACGGAUGAUAACCUCGAUCAAAUUACUCAUGGUCUUAAAUCAGUCCAAUUAGACGAUGAAGACGCAUCGAAAUAUUUCAUUAAUUAUAUAAGCGAUGAAACGGAUGUGCUUAGCACUGAUGAUCAUCAUCAACAGCAGCAUCAGACUGAAAAUAAUCACGAUACAAACGAAUAUUUUGAUAUAUCAUCAUUACCGAGUAGUCUAAUUAUUACGCCAGUCCCAUCGGAAUUGUUCACUGAACAACAUGUCAAAGAUGAAUUCGAACAAUUAUUUCGUGUCUAUGAUCCCGAUAUAACGGUUCUUUAUCUAAAAUUUUUUCAACGUGUUCGAAUUACAUUUACAUCGCCUCACAAUGCAUUACAAGCCCGAUUACAUCUUCACGAAUAUCGAUUUCAUGGAACUAUCAUAAAAACAUAUUUUGCUUGCCCGAUUGUUUUUCGCGGAGGCAGCUCGGAGANAUUAACUUUUGAAAAUGAAAACUGA